AGGAGCCAUAAUUGCCAUCUGCCUCGUGGUCGUGGCCAUUGUGGCCGCAGCUGCUGCUGUCAUGUGCUUCAUCUACCAGAAGAAGAAACGAAACCCAGAGGUUCCCAAUGGGCUUCUUUACUCUUCAACAAAUCCAGAGUAUGUCAGUUCAGUGUAUGAACCCGAUGAAUGGGAAGUGCCCCGCGAGUCCAUUCAAGUGGUGAAGGCACUGGGCCAGGGCUCCUUUGGCAUGGUCUACGAAGGACUCAUCUACAACUUGAAGCCAGACAAACCAGAGACGAGGUGUGCCAUAAAGUUUACAGCAUCGUGUCCAAGUUCAGCUAUAAUACUGGGGGGCAGUGUGAGAGUGACUUCAAGAGACAAUGAGACGGUCAAUGAAAGUGCCUCAAUGCGUGAACGAAUAGAAUUCCUCCAAGAGGCAUCUGUCAUGAAGGCCUUCAGCUGUCAGCAUGUGGUCAAACUGCUAGGUGUGGUGUCCAAGGACCAGCCUGUGUUCGUCCUAAUGGAACUCAUGUCACACGGUGACCUGAAGACUUACCUACGCUCACACAGGCCAGACAACGAUCCUAACGACGAGGCCACUCAACCGCGAGGCACUCCUCCCACACUUAAGCAGAUCCUCCAGAUGGCAGCAGAGAUAGCCGACGGAAUGGCGUACCUGACAGCAAACAAGUUUGUGCACCGGGAUCUGGCCGCUCGCAACUGCAUGGUGGCGGAAGACCUGACAGUCAAGAUUGGUGACUUUGGCAUGACACGAGACAUAUACGAAACAGACUACUACAGAAAGGGGGGCAAGGGCCUGCUUCCCGUACGCUGGAUGGCCCCUGAAUCGCUCAAGGACGGAAUCUUCACCAGCCAUUCGGAUGUCUGGUCAUACGGAGUAGUGUUGUGGGAGAUGGCGACACUGGCCUCCCAGCCUUACCAAGGUUUGUCAAAUGAGCAGGUUCUAAAGUAUGUCAUCAGUGGUGGUAUCAUGGAGAAGCCAGAAAACUGCCCUGAAAAACUGUACCAGAUCAUGAAGCUGUGCUGGGAGCGCAUCCCACGGUCAAGACCAAAUUUUGUGCAAGUCAUCGAGAUGCUCUUGAACGACGUGGGACCUCACUUCAAGGAGGUCUCCUUCUACCACACCUGCUACCUCAAGAACAAGGAGAGGCGCUCCUCAAUGCCCACAGACAAGAAUGCUGCUGGCGCCGCUGCUGCUGCUGCUGACUUUGAUGAGGAAGAAGAGGAGGAGAACCUGACGGCAGAGACUCCACUCUGCAAUGCUCCAACCACUGCUUCGGAGCAGCGGCCUCGUGGCUUCAUGCCAGACGUGUCGUCACUCAACGACAUGGAUGAAGACCACCUGCAGCGAUGUUUCUCUGACGAGAUAGAAGACGACGACGACCCCGACAUGGACGCGGCCGAUCUAGCCUUGGACUUGGCUGCCGGUGACCCGCCCGUGUCAGUGUAUGUGCCACCGUCGCAUGGUGGACAAAAUUCUCCUCUGCACAAGCAGGAGCAGCAGCAGCGGCCAGGUGACGAGCUCCCUCCCUCCGACGGGAGCAAGGGGAGUAAGGUGAGCAACCUGUCCAACGGGAGCAUUGUGAAUGGACGCAUGUGCUUUCCGCAGCUUGGAAGCCGGACUACUGCGUGCUAGCACUGGGCCACCUGAGAGCUCAGAGGGUCUCAGGGGUUUUCUGCGACACGGCGGGCAUGCCAGAUGGUCAAGGGGGGGAAGGGGUUCCUCCCACAGGCAGGUGCAUCGCACCAUCCCUCACCUUCUGCCAUCACCAAUGUUCCUGUUCGCUCGCCAUGCGGGAUGGCGGGCUUCUCUCGGGCACCACCAGGGCUGCUUCACUCCCAUCAGCCACUCCACACGACAGGGGCCAUUGCACUGGCGAAAAAAGAAGGCCCAACAGAGUGCACCAUGUGUUUGUGUUGGUCCUGAUGUGACACGCCUGCUGCCGCAAGGUCCUUAUAGUAGCACACUUACUUAACGCUGCUAAAGAACACACUGCGGAGAUACUGUGUUCUCGCGUCCGUUAGGUGUUGGCAGAGCAUGUGAAUAUAAAGUCUGUGGCAGUUCUUGCGUGCCACUGAGGAGAGUCUGAGUCACCGUUGAAACGACCAAUAGGGGCUGCCACAAGUGUGUCAUGCUGUAGGGCAGGGCAGCUGCCGUUGAAAGCCUCAUUAGUUGUUCCAACUGCUGUGACGAAAGUGCAGCUGUAUGAGAUUUCUUACAGAAUGUCAUUGUAACAGCUGUGUGCUCCUUCUGAGCAAGUCUGUAGUGCUUAUUCCAGCACCUGAAAGUGUCACUUUGGCUACGAAUCACUGCUGCAGAUGCUCACACCUCAUUCGCUUUGUCAUCAGCACAGAGGUGCGCUGAGCUCCACUCACAAUUUAGACGAAGGGGGCCGUCGUUGCUGCGGUUAUUGGUCCACUGUGUGUUCUGGAUGUGUUUAAGCAAGUCUCCAAUGAACACAAGACACAAAUGCCUGCCAUGUAUCGUGGAGACAUGUGUCCUGUUGCAGUCCAUCAUACAGCCUGACAUUCACGCUGUAGCGGCAGUAACAUUAGCAAUUCGCUGCCUAGCCAUUCUGGUCGUUGAUUUGUAACAGCACGCGUUGCGGUGACAGACAGUUCAAUUACUGCAUUGUACCCUUUUAUCAUAGCAGGAACUAUGUGAGGACCUUUUUGUGACUGGGCACAUUCGGCUGCUUUGAGAGCACGCAACACAACAUUUCUGAAAUGCUUAACUCCUUACAUGGUUUCUAGGGUGGUCAAGAGAAUGCCCAUUUUGUAGUUCCUUAUGCCAGCAGACGAGGCUGCAGUUGCACUGACUAUUACCAUCGCUAUUGGGGUGGCAACGAAAAGGAGCUUGUAUUGAGGAAGCUUGCCCUUCAUAAGUGCAAGAAAUUUCAUGAUCAAAAUGCUGUGGAUCUUGUCUAUCAAAAGUGGCCACAACGUCGCUGCACGCGGGCCGCACAGUUUGUGCUAUUUUUUGGAAGAGCACCGAAGCAGUCAUCUCUCUCAAAAUGUCGAUUGCAGUAUCUUUGGCUUUUGGGGUCAUUAGAUGUACUGUUUGUCAUGGAACUGUUUUACUUUUGAAGGUGGUGGUUUCAGCCCAGGGCUUUUGACAACACACUUUCAGUAUGACAAAACUGGCCACUUUACUUUUCGUGACAUGUCCAUUUAGCCUAAAGUGUCAAUCUUGCCAAGCAUUGUGUUGGCAUGACUGUUUGACAUGUAAACACAAUACCCUUUGAGGCAUUGAGAGAGUUUGAGGCUUCAACUACAUGCAUGUUUUCCUGCAGUUAUUCUCAAAAACUAAUUUCAUUACAUAGUAUUAUCACUGAACAAAUGUAUUUAGGGUCACCGCAUUCAUGUUAUGUAGCACUUCUGCACACUACCUGCUUUGGGAAUUUUCCUAUUUCACUGAUAUACACUAGCCUUGUAUGUUUUACACUCCUCUGCAUCAAUGUCAAACCAUUUUUUUCGAAGAGGAAGGGGUUAGGGCAACAGCACAAGGUAUAUAAGCGGGUAAUGCAUAUUCGUGUGGCAAAAGAAAUCUUAUCUUUUUUUUACUCAAAUCAUCUUUCUUUCACAUUUUUUUUUCUCUACAUGCAACUGGCUGGCCCUUCAUCGUGCCAGCAGCUUCAUGUUUUUAAGUAUUUUAUGCUAUGACGGUCAUCACCACAUCUAGUCACAUCUUUUGCUUCAUUCUCCGUUUGUACGUAACUAUGUAAAAUAGCUUCACUGAGCCUGGCCACCAUGACCUCACUGGCCUUAAGAUCAUUUAUGUGGGGAGUUUCGUUCCUACUUCAUUACAGUUCAGAAUGAAUGGCCCCGUUGAACUUUUUCUGUCACCUGCGAAUUGUCUCCAGCCUCCCUGUGGCAAGAUUGCGCCCCUCACGAUUAUGCUGUCUUUUCUUGCACUUUGCUUGUUUCAUUUGCUUUUGGCAAGUCUCUAUUCAUUUCUGGCCUGUUCAACGACUGAAUGAUUAGUACGAGCCAUUUUUAUUUUUUUCAUUUUUUUUUUCUUUCCGGGCACCACAUUUUGCUUAUCAGCUUUCAGUGCAACUGCUGCCUUAUGUUUGUGGCAGAAUGUUUUCUCCUCCCUUUAAGGAUACUUUUCCUUCACCCAGCACAAUUUGCAUUGGAAUUAACUUCCUCAUCAACUUUUGUCAUGACACAUGUGAUGACCAAAGGACAGGAACACUGCUGUCACUGUGUACGUAACUAGCGGUUGUGUCCCAGUACGAUUGUUAAGACAACCGUUGCGUCUCCCGGGCUACACUAUAUGACCUGCAGCACACUUGUGACAUGCCUAGCGCUGUGUGCCGAGGCCAUCGUGUGCUGUUGCAAAUUCGUGAUCCAGAUGUGUGCAGUCAGGUGGCAGUGGCAGAACGACAUUGCUUUCCAUACGGGUGUUUUUAUUAGCUUCACUUUUGUUUGUUUGUUCAUGUUGCUUUACCAUGGUUUUGUUGUUUCAGUUGCUUUGAUCACUUUUUUUUUAAGUAGAUGCCCUUGUAUGUUCUCCUCCCCACCCCCCAGCCCUUUAUUUUCUUGUACUUGUAGCAUAUAUUUUUCUGUCGCUGCCUUUGUCAUAUUAUUUGUGUUUAUAUUUAGUAUUGUGAAUUUUCACGAAAGGCUUGCGAAAAGAGAGCAUGCAUGUACUACCCACAUUGUGUUAUGUCGAUCUUUGGAAGUAUUUGUGCCAUUGUUUUCCGUGGUCUUUAUAAUUGAGUGUCACUUUAAAGCGUCUUCUCUUUCUUUCAUCAUUCACCCUCUUUUUCCCCCAUUUGUGCGUGCGAUGGUGCCAAAGAUAGUGGCAAGAAAACAGUGCUCACUGGGAGGAAAACAGUGUUUCGCUUUGGUUCGCUUGUAAUACCUUCACACGCUUGCUUGUACUCUUGUGCCGUGGCUGUGAUGCCUUAAGUUUGCUUUGCAUUUCCAUACGUGUUCCCGUUAGUUUGUUUUUCUCUCUAUCUCUCUGUCUCUCUAGGGGCCUGCAUCUUACAAAGCUUUCAGACCAUCACAGAGUUUCGUGCCGUUAACAUCACGUUUAUGGCUUUUGAGACCAUUCUUAGUGUAUGUUGCACCAUUGGCACACACUUUCUCGGCUUUACCAAGGAUUUCCCUGGCUGUCAUAUUCAAUGCGUGACCACCAGAAGAGGUCUCCUCAAUUGAAUUUGAGGCAUUGCGCAUUACUUGGAGGCACCUUUGUACUCUGAUGCAAAUUGGAUGUGUACAUAAGAGGCAGUCACCGUGAUUAAUAGUUUGUGCGCAAAGUGUACUCUGGUGAGAAAGCAUUAAAACUAACACAAGGCACAUUGACAUUUGAGGAUUGAGGAGCAGUAAGCCUUGUGUGCAGUUAUGUGAAAAAGGAGUUUCAAUUAUAUUUUACGGUUGCUUUUAUACUUUUAUCCUUUUCUUGGAUGUCUGUGUUUCACCUAGCUUAGACUUGGCCCGUUCUGGCCUAGUGGCUGCAUCACACGUAAGUCAAGUUUUAAGAUGACUUCACGGAGAUUGUUGUCUCACGAGAUGACUUCCCGGAAAAUUUUAGUGGCAUCUUAAAUGCUUCUGAUGUGCUGUGUCCUUCAGCCUAACUCUUGAAAUCAGCAUGCACUAAAUGUGCAUAGUGAGUCGACCAUAAUUUCAAAUAAAAUUAAGGGAUGGCCUGCUUUUGGGGCACGUUAUAUUUUAUAGGUGUACCUUGAGCAGAGCUUCAUUCCUGACUGCUAGAACAAAACCCAUCAUCAUUCCCUCUACUGUGUGUGCAAAUUUUCUUCCUAUUAUGUAAUUUUUUUUUCAUUGUGCUAUUGCUUUCAACCGAUGCACCCUGCAGCCUGAAUGUGGUAGGGACAACUUCAUAUGCCUCAAAAUCCCCUCAUUGCUGCAUAUGGCCCUUUGUUCAGAACGUUCUUUUUAUUUAUGACAUGUCAAACAAUAUGCCAACACCUAACCCAUUUCCAUGUUAUUACAUGCUGUUUCGAAGCCUGCUUGUCCAUGUCCAUAGAACAAGUCUGUGGACUUGUCUGCUGAAUAUGGAUGUUUCCUGUUUUUUUGUAGCUCACAACUUUUUCUACUAGGUUUAACAAUUUGAUGCACUUCUUCAUUUAUGGGCCACUGAUUUUCACUGUUGUAUUCUUCCUUAUUUUAUUUUAUCUUUUAUUAUUUUUCAUUUUUACAUAUCAUUCUUCCCUGGCUAAUGUUUACUUUCGGGCAGGCCAUGUUCCUAAAAGACGCUGGUUUGCGUCAGUAUCCGUCAAGUCAAGGUACAUUCCAAAUGUGGUGGACGCUUACUGUCAUUUUUUCCCCUGGAGUUCAGGAGGCAGGCUUGUUUGAACUGGUGAAACUUAGACAACCAUCUUUAUGGCCACAUAUACUGAGUGAAAGUCAUGGUCCCACCUUUGCAUAAAACGAAAAAACGAGGGAUUUGUUUUC